UCAAGGGUGAGAGAGGCAAAUCGCUUUGCUGUGAUGUGGCGUGCGUGGAGGGGAGCUUUUUCUGCGUACAAUCUCUUGGCCAUAUAUAGCCCAUAAGUGUGUAUAUAUAUGUGUUAUAUAUACAAGUUCACUACCACUACUUCCUUCGAUAGUAUACAAGUUCCAUAAUUAGUAGUCUUAGCUUAUCACUAGAAGAAUCUCUCUGAUAUUCAUGGAAGCCAAACGGUACACCCAAGAUGGCACUGUUGAUCUUCGUGGACGCCCUGUGCUUGCUUCUAAGACUGGGAAAUGGAAAGCUUGUGCUUUCCUUGUUGGCUAUGAAGCAUUUGAGAGGAUGGCGUUUUAUGGGAUAGCCUCGAACUUGGUGAACUACUUGACGAGGCAGCUACAUGAGGACACAGUGUCGUCGGUGAGGAAUGUGAAUAAUUGGUCGGGAUCUGUGUGGAUUACACCCAUUCUCGGAGCUUACAUAGCAGAUUCCUACAUUGGUCGUUUCUGGACUUUCACUGUCUCCUCACUCAUUUAUGUCAUGGGAAUGAUGCUUCUGACCUUAGCAGUUUCACUCAAAAACUUUAAGCCAACUUGUAGAAAUAAAGUAUGCAACAAGGCCAGUGAUUCACAGAUUGCUUUCAUCUAUUUGGCUCUCUACACCAUAGCAAUUGGUGCAGGUGGUACCAAGCCCAACAUAUCCACCUUUGGUGCGGACCAAUUUGACGAUUUUGACCCCCGCGAGAAGGAGCAUAAGGUGUCGUUUUUCAAUUGGUGGAUGUUUAGCUCCUUCUUGGGUGCUCUAUUUGCCACAAUGGGACUUGUUUACAUUCAAGAGAACUUGGGAUGGGGUUUGGGAUAUGGGAUUCCCACAGUUGGACUCAUACUCUCUUUAUUCAUCUUCUACUUAGGCACACCAAUUUAUAGGCACAAAGUCAGGAAAACCAAAAGCCCUGCAAAAGACUUGAUUCAAGUCCCAAUUAAUGCCUUCAAAAAUAGGAAACUUGAGCUCCCUAGCAGCCCUUUGGAGCUUCAUGAGUUUGAGCUUCAGCACUACACAAAUACCAGAAAGCGGAAGGUUCAUCACACUCCAAUGUUCAGGUUCUUGGACAAGGCUGCAAUAAAAGAUGGAAAUGGCAUGGACACCUCAAGACCACCGUACACCGUUACUCAGGUGGAAGGAGUCAAGCUCGUAUUUGGUAUGCUCCUAAUAUGGCUUGUGACGCUUAUCCCAAGCACCAUUUGGGCUCAAAUCAACACUCUCUUUGUCAAACAAGGCACCACCUUAGACAGAAGCCUAAACUCAAGAUUCAGCAUCCCGGCAGCAUCUCUAGGCAGCUUUGUCACCAUCUCAAUGCUCAUCGCCGUUCCGAUGUACGACCGCUACUUCGUACCGUUCAUGCGCCAGAGAACUGGGAAUCCCCGAGGAAUCACGCUUCUCCAAAGGCUUGGAAUCGGAUUCGUCAUCCAAAUUUUCGCCAUAGCCAUUGCCUAUGCGGUCGAAGUUCGCAGAACGCACAUCAUAAAAAUGCACCACAUUGCAGGGCCUAAGGAAAUUGUCCCCAUGAGCAUAUUCUGGUUAAUUCCUCAGUACGUUCUGAUAGGGAUAGCUGAUGUUUUCAAUGCGAUUGGACUCUUGGAGUUUUUCUAUGAUCAAUCACCGGAAGAUAUGCAAAGUUUAGGGACAACUUUCUUCACCAGUGGGAUAGGAGUUGGGAAUUUCUUGAACAGUUUCUUGGUGACAAUGGUGGACAAGAUUACUGGGAGAAAUGGAAGGACAAGCUGGAUUGCGAAUAACUUGAAUAACUGUCACUUGGAUUACUAUUAUGGGUUCCUUUUCGUUAUAUCUACGCUCAACCUUGGAGUAUUUCUGUGGGCUUCAAGUAAGUACAUUUACAAGAAGGAGUUGAAUGAAGAAAAGGAGGGUUGUGUACUUGAGAUUGAGCACAAACCAAAAACCUUUGACACGUCUCCUUUUGGUUUACAAGUGUGACAAAAAUAACUAAAUAAAUAAAAAUAAAAAACUUAACAGAAAGUUUCAGUUAGACCUUUUGUACUCUUUUUUUAUGUUAUUAUUACGAGAUGCUUAAAAUAGGACGUACGUGUUUAGUUGCUCUUUUUUAUUUUUAGGUAUUUCCUAAUCUCCUGAUCUGAAGUAAGAUU